ACUUAUAUCUGCGUCACCCCCAGACAGACAAAACUUACAAAGCUUACUUUGACCCCAGCUCAAGCCCAUCCAAUUACUACCACUACCACUACCACUACCACUACCACCACUACCGCUACAACCAUAACCAUCACAAUGUCAACCUCCGCACUAACACUGGGCCUGCUGACCUCGCUGGGCGGCACAAUCGGCUACCUGCGGACGGGCUCGGUGCCGUCCAUCGCGGCGGGACUGGCGGUGGGUGCGCUGUACCUGCUGGGGUGGGCGCGGCUGCGGGCGGCGCAGCCGUACGGCGCGGAGCUGGCGCUGCUGGCCUCGGUGGUGCUGUCGGGCAGCUCGAUCCCGCGGGCGGUGCGCUCGGGCAAGCCCGUGCCGACGUUCCUGAGCGUGCUGGCGGUGUAUGGGCUUGUGGUUUUUGGGGGGUUGGUUUUCCGGAAAUAAUCUUGUGUAUCUGGUUUAAGGAUUGAGGUGCUGGGGAGUUGGAGGAUUGGAGGUAUCUGGGAAGCUGAAAAGAAGGGGGGUUCCGGGGGUUCUCCCCCGGGAACGCCUACUUCUAGUAUGGGGGACUGGGGUGUGGUUUACGGUCAUAGUCUACGAUUGAUGGUUCACGCUUUACAGUUCAAUAGUUGAUGCAGAGGCAUUCUAUUGUCCAGGUGCUCAAACUGGUCGCAGCUCAUAUUCCUUAGUGUAAUGGCCUACCUUCUAGACUGGACUUACAUCUUACCCCAACGGCCCGCCGCCGCACCCA